CCCCCCCCCCCCCCCCGGCUGUUCUGCAGGGUGGCGCCGCGCGCUGCUUCCUCGCCUUGGAUGUCGCUUGCAGUGCUCUUCACUGUUACAACCCCCCGCUGCCGCCGCCCGCACCCGUCCCUAGACCGCCUCGACGGCUGCGACACCUGACACGAGCCUAUCGAUGACCACGACUAGCUGUCUGCUGCUACCCACCGCACCGAUUGAGCGCCCGGGUGCCUGCCCGCCAUGAACGGCUACCCCUACUCGUCCCAGCCCUAUCCGGAUGGGACCAGCAAUGGCGACGGCAUGCUGGACCUGAACGGCGGCGACAUGAGUGCAUACGGCGCUGGAGGCCCCGAGGGGCAGUCGCUCGAUGACAUUGUCUCGCAGAAUGACAAAGCGAACCGCCGACGGAGCAUGCCUGUAUACGCACGCCAGCCCCAACAACCGCACCAGCAGUCCAUGCAGAUGACCAGCCCGACGCGCAGCAUGUCCAUGAUGAGCUUCGGCGACCUCAAGGGCGGCUCCAUGGACGACUUCGCCUUCGACAUGUCUGCGACGGCGGGCAUGGAGAACAUGAUGCGCAACAACAGCUUACCCAGACCCACCGGCGAUUUGCACCCCGAUGGGAUGCCGGGCGCAGAUCUUGCCAUCAAGACGCAGUUCUCAAACGCCGCCUCGCCCUUCUCAACCAUGGCCGCGCCCUUCUCAACCAUGGCCACGCCCGGCUCCAACUAUGCCUCGCCCAUACACGCGACUGCAGACCUCGACAUGGGCAUGAGCGCGUACCCCAACGCCAUGAACAUGUCGCUGGACAUGGACGACUCGCUCAACAGCAUGAUGCAGACAGACAUGAACAUGUUUGGAAACAACCAGUUCAACCCCCAGAUGAUGGGGUCACCCAUCAACACGAACACAACGCCUAUCAACCAGGGCACCGAGUUCGUUGGACCCUUACCUGCACCCCAGAGAGGGUCCAACCUAGUCGGCCAGCACCAGUUCGGUGGCAUGCAACCUCAGAAUCAGAAUCAGAAUCAGAACCAGAACCAGAAUCAGAACCAGAACCAGAACCAGAACCAGAACCAGAAUCAGAACCAGAAUCAGAACCAAAAUCAGAACCAGAAUCAGAACCAAAAUCAGAAUCAGAACCAAAAUCAGAAUCACAUCCAUUUCAAGAGUCGCUCCAUGAGCAAUACGCCAGAUGGUCGAUCAGCCCCAUCUCUUCCCAGCCGCCAAAAUAGUCAGGGCCAGGAACAGAGUCGGUCUAGCAGUGCUAGCCAACAUCGACCGGACACCAACAACUCAAACGCAGCGACGCAGCUGAGUCUCAAAUCCCUCGAGAACCAGCGGCCAAUAGCACAGGAUCCAACAGAAGAUCUCUCCCACGAAAAACUCGAGCACAUCAAGAACCUGAAGUUACCCUGGGGAGAACCAGCGGGCGGCUUCCCUUCGACCAUGCACUCCAACCCCCACAUGAAGACCCAGUUCAAGAACGCAUACUCUUCAUCUGGCUUCGACAUGCUUAGCGUCCUCAUGCGGGUAGCCACAAGACCGAAUCCACAGAUUGACAUUGGCUCCGUGGACUUGUCGUGCGCUUUCGUCGUGUGUGACGCUGACAUGGAUGAUAUUCCAAUCGUCUACUGCUCGGAAAACUUCGAGCGUCUUACCGGUUACACCAGGCACAUGAUUCUCGGCAGGAAUUGUCGUUUCCUUCAGUCGCCUGACGGCAAGGUCGAGCCCGGCAUCAAGCGGACCUACGUUGACGAUGAUUCGAUUCUCUACCUGAAAAACACUAUCAGCGCAGCGACAGAGGCACAGAUCAGUUUGAUCAAUUACAGAAGAGGAGGGCAACCGUUCAUGAAUCUUCUCACUAUGAUCCCAAUUUCAUGGGAACCCGGUGGAAAGGUGAAGUUCUUCGUUGGAUUCCAGGUCGAUCUCGUCGAGCAGCCUGGUGCAAUGACGAACAAGAACGCAGAUGGAUCAUACAGGGUCAACUACCAACGCGGCAUGUCCAUGCCAAGCUACGUUUUCAACGAUGCUUCCAAACCACAGCCUGAACAAGGUCAAACCAUCUCCAAGGACGAGGUUUCGAACGUGCUUGCCUCCUACAGCGGUUCAGGCGAUUCCGAGAUCACUCGACGCAUAUGGGACAAGGUGCUCCUCGAAAACACGGACGAUGUUGUGCACGUACUGUCCCUCAAAGGCUUGUUCAUGUACUUGUCACCUUCCAGCAACAGGAUACUGGAGUACGAUCCUAGCGAGCUUGUUGGAACCGCUCUUUCUUCUGUAUGCCACCCUAGCGAUAUUGUGCCGGUCACGAGGGAACUUAAGGAGACUACCAACGGUGGGUCGGUCAAUGUGGUAUUCCGUAUUCGAAGGAAGAAGAGCGGCUACAUGUGGUUCGAGGGUCACGGCUCGCUCCAUACUGAACAGGGCAAGGGCCGCAAGUGUAUCAUCCUGGUUGGUCGCGAACGCCCAGUCUACACGCUGAGCAAGUCCAUCGUCCGCGAAUCGGGAGGUAUUGGUGACAAUGAGCUCUGGACGAAGAUGUCAACAUCAGGCAUGUUCCUAUUCGUCUCAUCGAACGUACGCCAGCUACUUGACCGACAGCCCGAGGAGCUUGUAGGAACAAGCAUGCAGGCACUCAUGCGCCAGGACUCCAAGAUGAACUUCGGCCGCAUUCUUGAGCUCGUACGAGGUGGGAGAAAGGGAGAAGUGAAGCAUGAGAUGAUCAACAAAAGGGGACAGGUAUUACAAGCGUUCACCACACUGUACCCUGGGGAUGCCACCGAAGGCCACAAACCGACGUUUGUCGUUGGACAGACUCGACUUCUGAAGUACUCAAGGAACAGCAACGGUCAGCGACCGUCGAUCUACCAGACGAAAGAGCACAAUUCGCAAAGCUCGCUGCAACCGCGGUUCAACAGCGCCUCACCACUGCCUGGCUCCAUGCCUGCAUCUACAUCUGUCACCACCGGGUCUAUGGUCGCAUCACCCAACCCAAACUUCAACACAACGGAGACACAUAGUACUACAUUUGCCGGUCACAACGGGUUGUCGGUUGGUCACCAGGAUCAGAGCUUGGCGUCAGACGACAACGUGUUCGAUGAGCUGAAGACGACUCGAAGCACAAGCUGGCAGUACGAACUCCGACAAAUGGAGAAGCGCAACCGGUACCUGGCAGAAGAGGUGCAAAGUCUACUGGCUGCCAAGAAGAAGAGGAAGCGCAGAAAGGGCGCUGGGCAGAUGCAGAAAGACUGCGCCAACUGCCACACGCGAACAACGCCUGAGUGGCGGAGAGGACCGUCUGGCAACAGAGACCUGUGUAACUCGUGUGGUUUGCGAUGGGCCAAGCAGCAAGGCCGCGUGUCACCGCGUACAUCAUCUGCGGCGAGCGACAAGAGCAAGAAAAGUAAUGCCUCGCCCCGACACAUGCAGAGCCACCAAUCCAUCCUCCCCCACGUUGUUCCUUCCGAGACUGGUCAGCUGUCCUCCAUCCAAUCGACCCUUGCGCCAACCGCCAAACGUACGCCCGAACACGCUGGCAUCAAAGACCACCACGCCGCCAAGCACGCGCGUGCUCAAGUCACGGCUUCCCAAGGCUUCAUCCCUCCACCCAAGAUUGACGAGGAGUAGCGUCAACUGGCUUUCUUCACUUCUGUUUUAUUUCUCCAGGCCCGGUUGUUUUCUAGUCUUGACGAUACCCCACGCACUUCUCUUUCGCCAUCCUUUCUUCAACUCAUGCGGCUUUCGUGCUAUCGACACUUUAGCGAGCCUUCACUCUAUCUACGAAAUAGAUCGCAGCUUUCUUGCUUGUAGCGGAUCUCGAGAGGAACUCUUUACUCUUGGUUGGAAUGUUGGGGGGACAGCUAUGUAGAUGCCAUAUGUCUUCCAGAGCAGCGAAAACGUGUACAUAUAUAUCUUAGCUGGAGGGGUCUGAACGUAUCAGAGCGAAUGAAUGAAUUGCUA